AUGGAUUCUCAGACACCAACGGAUGCGUACUUCACCAAUCUAUUACAAGCGGGAUCCAACCUUUUAGGUGAAUUUAUGAUGAAAUCUCCAAAUCAAAUGGGUCAAUGUUCAAGCCAACAUGGUGAAGUGGCUGAGCAAGAGUCUCCAUUGUCACCCCAAAUAGAAUCCACCACAAAGAAAUCACAACGUGGUAGCAACUUUAGUACAGAAGAAGACAAUCUCCUUAUAUCGGCAUGGCUCAAUACAAGUUUGGAUGCAAUACACAGAAAUGAGCAGAAACACAAGACAUAUUGGAAUAGCGUUUGGGAGUAUUUCCACAAGUACAAGACUUUUACUUCUGAACAUUAUCAGAAUUCUUUAAUGAAUCGGUGGUCAACUAUUCAACUUGGAACCAAUAAGUUUUGUGGGUUCUUUGCUCAAAUUGAAUCAAUGCAUCAAAGUGGAGUAAAUGAGCAAGACAAGAUUGGCAAGGCCAAACUUAUGUAUCAGGAAUUCCAGAAAACAUCAUUUCCUUUUGAACAUUGUUGGAAUGUGUUGAGGUACCAACCAAAAUGGUUAGAGGAAUGUGAGAAGAAAAAACCGAAAAAAAAAAACAUCAGCAACAUCUUCUCCUUUUGCUCCAGAGGCGAUAAAUCUAGCAGAGGAUGA